AUGCUUAUAUGCGUACCGGCCUAUUGGCUAAACAAGAACACAUGCGCUUGGCUGAAAAGAAAUUCAAAAAAAUUCAUUCAGAAAAAGACCAAACCAAAUGAAAUUGAGUUCGACUUUUUAAAGGCUCGUAAAAUGGGAAAAGAUAGAGAUAGUUAUACUUUAGCUAGGGAAAAAGCAAAUAAGGCAGAGUAUACAUCUGACUUAUCAACAACACCAACCAAGCAAAAAUACAAUAAUAUGAAACCUACAUUAAAAACUAAAAAAAAAGUUAAAUGUCAACAAAAAGAAAAUAGUGUUUUGUGGAAUCCGUCUUCAAGUGAAAGUAUAGUUGACGACAAUCAUAAUACCAACCGAGAAUCAAAUUUAAGUCCUAUAGCAGAAAGUAUUCUAGUAUUAUCUGGUACACCAAGUUCUCCAGCUAUACAGCUAAUCUCAGCAGGAUUACCUUCAAAAAUAUCUAACAGUUCUCAAAGCACUAUUAUUGCCGUAAAAAAAAAUUAA